GGAAUUAAAGCCUCCUCUUUCUCUCUCUCUUUCUUUUUGUUAGGUCAGGAAAUUAUUUGCAUGCGAUCCACAUGAGCAUAGGAGCAGAGCCUGGGAGAUGACUGUGUGCUAGAAGUUCUUGUCUCCUGAUGAUGUGUUAUAGGACACAAAACUCCUUUUAAAGGAUGGCUAUCCGAGAGCUGAAAGUUUGCCUUCUGGGGGACACAGGAGUUGGGAAAUCCAGCAUAGUUUGUAGAUUUGUCCAAGACCAUUUUGAUCAUAACAUCAGCCCUACUAUUGGCGCUUCAUUUAUGACUAAAACAGUUCCUUGUGGGAAUGAGCUGCAUAAAUUUUUGAUAUGGGACACUGCUGGUCAGGAACGAUUCCAUUCUUUGGCACCAAUGUACUACAGAGGCUCGGCAGCCGCUGUUAUUGUAUAUGACAUAACAAAGCAGGACUCAUUCCAUACACUGAAGAAAUGGGUAAAAGAACUGAAAGAACAUGGUCCUGAAAACAUUGUUAUGGCCAUUGCCGGAAAUAAAUGUGAUCUCUCAGACAUCAGGGAGGUAUCAAUGAAAGAUGCCAAGGAAUAUGCUGAGUCUAUUGGAGCAAUUGUUGUUGAAACUAGUGCAAAGAAUGCCAUCAAUGUUGAAGAACUCUUCCAAGGCAUAAGUCGGAGAAUCCCACCACUGGAUCCACAUCAGAAUGGCUCGAAUGGUGCAGUGAAACUUGGUAGACAAUCCUCACAGCCCACAAACAGAUGCUGCUGAUCUAUCUCCAUGCAAUGAGAAAUCUAGCAUAGUUGUUCAUAGCACUCAAGAUGGAUACAGAUGCUCAGUAUAUGACCAUUAAAUGGGAAGCAGAUGUAAUAUGUUCAUGGUAAACGUAUGUUUAGUCCCAGUUCACAGUUUACAGUAUUUUAUAGAAUUGAAAGCUUUAUAAUUCUCUCCUUUAAAUCCAUUCACACACAGAGAUAUACACAUACAUGACAGAUUUGUAGUAGAAAUGUCUGCGCCUGCCCAUUCUUCAGGAUGGAGUUUGCAGAGAUCCAUGCAGAAACAACCCCAUUUUCAUGUAUGGAACAGAUGUUUUAGUUGU